CCUCCACCUUGACGCUCAGGUACGGAUUUAGUCGAAAACUUUCCUGAAACAGACAUUUUUUAACGGAACUAUUAUAUGCGACGUCGAAAAUGGAUUUAAAACUGUUAUGUUUAAUGUAAAGCGGCGAAGACAACCUUAACAGGCAGGUCAGCUGGUGGACGCACCGUGUUUUCUACCCUGGAGGCAGUGAGUCAUGUCCGCAGGCAGCACUGGCAGUCUGAGACAAAGCUCGGGGCACGGCAGCUACAGGCAUGGACCCAGCCAGAGCAGCAGCCAGAGGUCGUCCUACGAGGAGCGCUGUGUGGACCCAGUGGAGGACAGGCUCCCCACCCCGAAGCCAAAGACAGUCCAUAAAGCAAACCCUAAAGAUGCUAAUGGAAAGGAGUCUGAGACCAUUGGCUUCAUUCCUGGCUCUGCUGAUCCUAACUCCACGACACAAACCUGCAAUCCCUGCGCUCCUCCGAGCAGCUGCAGGACCUUCAUGUGCAGCGUGCUCACCUGCGGCCUGUACCGAGUCUGCCAGCGCUCCAUCCUGGCUCCGUGCCUGGCACCAAACGAGAGCUCCCCAGACGAACCAGAGAAGGUGAGCCUCCAAUCUGUGAAGCCAGGAGACAACAAAGAAGAGGACGGCACAGACUGGCUAGGGGACGUGCGCAUCGCUGGAGUCAAAGUUGACAGCCCGAGGGAGUAUUUAGUCGUCGAAACCAAAUCUCCAUCAUAUGUGCCGCCGCUCAGUGCUCAAACACAACCCAGCCAUCCGUCCCUGCAGGAGUCUAUGAGGUUUGAUGACUGGGAGGAUGGCGAGGAGGACGUAGACUCUCUGAUUACUAAGAAGCUGCUGGAGCUCUACUCGGAAUAUCAGAUCGAAGAGUUGGCCAGGUGCACCUCGGACUCUGUGUUUCUGAGGAAGAGCAAGGCCAUCAACCAGCUCAUCAACUCACUGGCGGAGGAGCACAAGAUGGACGAGCAGGAGGCCGAGUGUCGGCUGGUGCGCGGCAUCAUCCGCAUCAGCACCCGCAAGAGCACGAAGAAGAGGCCGCACGUCUCCAGGAUGGACAGGACGCUGUCGGACAGCGGGAAUGAGACAAUGAGGGAGAGCGAGUCCUAUUCAUUCAGCAACAACAAUGACUACAAAUCAAAUCCAAACAUCCAAAUAUCAGAACUGACCUCGUCUGACAAGUGCGCCAGAGAGAUGUGGAGGACCAACGGAGGUCAUACUUCCACUUCUCCGACAGCCUACUUGCCCUCUCACACGGAGACUAAUUCUUCAGGUGUCCCACUGAUUCGCACCUCUGUGAGAACAUGAUUCCCGCUCUGCGCCAGCGAUUAUUAUGCUUGGAUUAUUUGUCACGUUGCGUCCACAAGGUCACGUACGGGACGUUGAAAGGCGACACUACUUGCACAGGAGCCUGUGGCUGAGCCGAGCUCUUCGCAGAGACCCCGGCUCUGCGGCGGCAAAAGAAAAUGUGAAAAUUCACAUUGUCUGAAGGACUUCAGUGAACUCAGGGCUCUGCGUGUAGAUAUUUAUGCUCGAUAAGUAUGACGUGUAUAUUUGAAGGACUGAGAGCUCGCCCUGCGGGCAGAUAUCACCAGCAGUUUUUUAAUGGCUCUUAUUGUAUCUCGAUUAACCGCCCCCACGUCCUUGACGGAGUUAUGUUCAUGAAACUUGACUCAGUUUGGCUGGGCACAAUAUUCUGCUGUUGUUUUGCAAAGGACAUGUAGAUUUAGUUCUGUACGUUGUUUAUUUUUAUGGCACAUUUCAUCAUCUUGUCGUCAUGAUAGAUUUUAUUUUAAACCAAUAUUACAGUGAUUUUUUUGAUUUGUUGUGAAUGUAAGUCACAACAGUGUGAUAGGAUGAAGUGACAAUAUUUGGCCGGAGGAAAAGUUAGUUAUACCACUGCUCAAAUACCGUUAUUAUGGUAUUAGGUGGAGUUUUUUAUGUGUGCCUGGUAGUACACUAGAACUAAGAAUGUCAAAGGAACAGUCUGACAUUUUGGGAAAUUCGCUUUUUUUUGCUUUCUUGCAGAGAGUUACACGUUAUAGCGCAGCAUAAAGACUGUGGAAACAGC